AUGACGGCGGCCACCACUUCUAAAUCAUCAAGUUCGACCUUGUCCACUACCACAACUUUGAUACAAUCGACUGUCUCGUCAUUGGCGGCGCCCUCACCUACAGCUACCGGAAGAUGCAUUCCCACCCCUCUGCCUCCCGCAGUGGAUCGGCAUGUCUUCACACCGCUGGUCGAUCUGUCGCUGGAACAAUCGUCGGCUACUGUGGCAGAGGCCACCACAGUUGACGACCCUCAGGAUCCGAACUCGGAGAACUGUGAUCCUUACUCAGUGGUCUACCUGCCCGAGGAGGCGUCAACAUCCUGCGUACAUUUGACAGGAUCGUGGGCCCCUCUGUAUACUGAUGUAUAUUACGAAUGUGUCGCUCGCACACAAGCACCCAACUUUGAUCCGCGCAACUCUCUCGAGGGCGUGGCAGGGUUCAACUUCACGGCCAACGACGACUCACACUCGCUGGUCAACAUGCGACAUCUCGGACCGCGACCCGAAAGUGGAUACCGGGAAUCAACUUUGACCUUGUUCGUUCCAAAGGAGAAGACUUACACUGUCGACUUCUGGGCAUGCGGUGCAGGCACUACUCUGAUCAUUGGAGAAUUGAGUUGUACCUACCACGGCUGA